AUGGCGUUAGAGACCAUCGGGGGCACUUGCGUCUUCUCUAGCCGUGAGGAGCAGAUGCCGGGAAGGGUAACUAGAGCGACAUCUGUUCCCCCUGCUUUCCAAGUUAAUUCGAGUGGGCGGAGCACUGUGCCUCGAGAAGCAGGCCUUGUAGCAUUGGUGGUGGAUGGAAAUGUCGUGGUGGUGUGCACCGUCCAUGAAUCACCGCAACUGCACGUGAAGGCAACAACACCACCACCACCACCAACAACAACAGCAACAGCAACAGAAGAAACAGAAACAGUAGGUGGAGAGGAGCCACCACUGAAGUCUGCCAAGGUUGAGGCGACUGAAAUAGUUAAGCAGAGAAGAGGCCUAACAUUGCGACCGGGGCAUCAGACUUACUGCAGUGAGGAUAUCCCCAUUCGCGACCUUGCGCUGUUUGAUAACUUUUUGCCGUACACUUUGGCUGUGCUUUUAGAGAGUGGCGCAGUGGUGGCGCUUGACCCAGCCACUAUGGAACUGCUCUAUCAUCGCCCCCUCCAGCGCCUUUUCCCUCCGAGAGGGGCCAAUACGAAGCAGCCGCCGAGCGACAAGCGUGAUGCUGAGGCAGAGAAGAGCGUUGAUACCACGCGCAGCGGCAGUUACUUCUUCCGGCCGAGAGAGAGGCCUCUGGCGUUGUGUGUCAUGGAGCACAACACGGCUGUCGUGUUGCGACCUUCUUAA